AUGACAGGCCAGGCAGAGCUGGAGUUUGGCAUCGUCAUUCCUGUUAUGGACUACAUUAUUAAGUGGACUCCCCUGCACUUCGCCUCUGAAAUGGACUCUGCCUUGAGGAAUGUCGGCGCCAUUGGGCUCGAGGAAUCGCUGCUCCUCAUGGCCGCCGCGGGGCUGCAGCCUCACGCGCCUGCUGUGAGCGGGAUCGAGAGAUGCAUGACAGGCCAGGCAGAGCUGGAGUUUGGCAUCGUCAUUCCUGUUAUGGACUACAUUAUUAAGUGGACUCCCCUGCACUUCGCCUCUGAAAAUGGUCACUUCGCAGUGGCUGAACUCCUGGCCGCCAAGGGAGCGGACCUGGAAGCGAAGGACGAGUAUGAUCGCACACCGGUACACAUGGCUGCAUACAAAGGCCACAUGGCGGUAUUGGAAGUCCUGAGCCGAAAGGGCGCUCGCUUGGAAGAGACCGACAAGGACGGCGACACACCUCUCCACUUGGCAGCCUCUGAAGGCCAUCUCCGUCGUUUUUUGCUCCUUUCCCUGAAGGUUUCCCCGAAGCCGAAGAACAGGCGAGGGAAGACCCCCCAGGAUGUGCUGAAGAAACCCUCCGAGACAAAAAACUCCAACAUGAAAAUAUUCAGAAGCAUCUCCCAGACACAUAUAAUGGAGAAAUGGGUUGAAAGCGAGCGGGGAAGACUCACCUCACGAGGGAAAUGA